UUCUCCCGCGAGGCGUUGCGAGCUGUGGCGGGAGCAACCGCUAUGGAGCCGCCACUAGAGAAAGAAGCGCAGGUCGCUGCGUGGUUAAAAAAGAUAUUUGGAAAUCAUCCCAUUCCACAGUAUGAGGUGAACCAACGGACCACAGAGCUUUUACAUCAUCUUUCAGAGCGCAACAGGGCCCGGGACAGGGACGUCCACCUGGUGAUAGAGGACUUGAGACAGAAAGCUGGCGAGUACAAGUCAGAAGCCAAGCAUCUUCAAGACCUUCUCAGGGAGAGUGUGAAUUUUUCCCCUGCCAGUCUCUCUGGCAUUGGCUCCCAGUAUCUGAAUGCUUUAGUUGACAGUGCAGUGGCUCUUGAAACAAAGGAUACAUCACUAGCUAGUUUCAUCCCUGCAGUGAAUGAUUUGACUUCUGAUCUUUUUCGUACUAAAUCCAAAAAUGAAGAAAUCAAGAUGGAAUUGGUAAAACUUGAAAAAAACCUAACUGCAACUUUCGUAUUAGAAAAAUGUCUACGAGAGGAUCUCAAGAAGGCAGAGUUGCAUCUGUCUGCAGAAAGGGCCAAAGUUGACAGUCAUCUUCAGAACAUGGACUUUCUAAAAGUGAAGUCGGAGGAAUACCGAUUUGGAAUCAAAGCUGUGGAGGAGCAGCUUUCAGCCAGAGGUAUGGAUGCUACUCUGUCUCAUCAGUCCCUAGUCGCACUGUCAGAGAAACUGGCAGAGAUAAAGCGACAGACUCUACCUUUGAAGAAAAAAUUGGAGUCCUACUUAGAUCUAAUGCCGAGUCCUUCUCUUGCUCAAGUGAAAAUUGAAGAAGCAAAGCGAGAGUUAGAUAGCAUUGAAGCUGAACUUACAAAGAAAGUAGACAUGAUGAAACUGUGACCAGAGCCAAGUAAACACCCUUUUACCUAGCAAAGGACAUUGAAUAGGACUUUGGAGAAUUUCUUUUCCUCUUGGAAAUUUCUUAAUAAUGUUUUACUGGCAUUCUCAGAUGAGGGAAUAAUGUCAUCAUGGAUAGAAUAAUGGCUUCCUGUUGUAUAUUGUAUUUUUGUGUCAAAUACAUAAUUUUCAUAUUAAAAAGCCCUUUUUCUUA